GCGCAAGAUCCAGAUUUUCAAGGUGAAACAUUCCGACACUUCGAACCUAUCCAGCUGUGUGUCUUAUGUGAAUAUAAAUAAGAGUUUUCUGUUGACAACAAUGACCGUUCAGCAAUAAAAUAAAUUAAAAAAAAAUUGUUUCGCAAAAUAGUAAUAAAAGAAAAGUUUAUUUUUCGCGUCACGAAACAUUGUCGCAAACGCUUACAACCAUCCGUAGGAACCAAAAGCGGAUAUUCUUGUACAAAUCGAUAACCAGCACACUCGUGUUAUACAUGAUAAUCUAGAUAGCGAUAAAAUUUCAUAUUAUACCCUCUUAUUCGAAUCGAUUUUGUGUGUUUGUUAACCAUUACUUCUAUUGCGUCACAGUGAUUGAUAGUGGAUAGUAGUGGAGUGGAUUUUCGAUUGUACAUUUUCUCAAAGGCGAUGAAAUUACAAUAAAUUUCUUUUCGAUUUUCCAACAUAUUCUGUUGAACCGUUCAACAGCACACCGUAAAGAAUAAAUCGACACCGAUUCCAUAGACAUACAUUUGCGAUGUUCAAAUUUUUGUACUGUCUGUUAGUGGUGACAAUUCAAUACGGUGAUAUUAGCGGUCAACCCGAAGAUGCCCAACAAAUCAACCAGCACUUCUACAACAAUAUCCACAAACUGAUCAGCAGCAAAUACGAUAAUAAGGUGGAAAGUGAACAUUUGCCACGAGUCGCUGCUAGUGCACUGGUAAGACCACCACGUCCCAAAGAAGUCACCAACUGGCCAAGUACUAACCUACGAGUGGGACAAAUAACAGCAGUUGCUAUCAAUCCAGAUGGGAAUCCAGUGAUUUUCCACAGAGGUGACAGGAUUUGGAACGAGGAUACUUUCAACGACGCCAACCAUUACCAAGAAAACCAGGACGAGCCAAUCAAAGAAGACACCAUACUAACAAUCAGUGCUCAAGAUGGCAGCAUUUUAGAUGGUACUGGCGGCGGAAUGUUCUAUCUUCCACAUGGCAUGACCAUUGAUCAUCACGGCAACACCUGGGUCACCGAUGUUGCGAUGCAUCAAGUGUUCAAAUUCAAACCGAAUUCAUUGUAUCCGUCAAUAACGUUAGGACAGAGAUUCCAACCGGGAGUAUUGCCUGGAUAUCUUUGCAAGCCAACAGCCGUUGCUGUCGCUUCAACGGGAGAGUUUUUCGUCGCUGAUGGAUAUUGUAACAGCCGAAUUAUUAAAUACAACGCAGCUGGACGAAUUUUAAGGGUCAUUCCUCAACCACCAGAAUUUCUUUCACUACAAGUACCGCAUGGACUGACACUAUUGGAGCAUUUAGAUAUUCUGUGCAUUGCCGAUAGAGAAAAUAUGCGAGUUGUAUGCCCCAAGGCUGGACUGAAGAGUUCGAAAGGGGAGGGAACACCAGCGGCCACCAUUCAGGAGCCCGAUUUGGGUCGCGUAUUCGAUGUAGCUGCUUAUGGUGAUUUUGUGUACGCAGUAAAUGGUCCAACGUCCGCAAUGCUUCCCGUGCAAGGAUUCACAAUUGAUCCGCUGACCGAGUCGAUUGUAGACCAUUGGGGCGAAUUUGUGAAUCCUCAUUCGAUCGCAUUCUGUCCGAAUGGUUCGGCAAUGUAUGUUACCGAAAUAGGUCCGAAUAAAAUUACGAAAUUUGAGUUGCAAUAAACGCAAAACAAAAGAGAUAGACAUUUCGUUAACACAGAAAAUUGUAUAGCCACUGCAGCUGUUAAAUACAUCUUAUUAUUAUAUAUAUACAUAUACGACUAGUACCUAUCUAUUGAAACAUUGUAGUAGUUGUAAAUUUAGGGUGAGUUCAAGGUCAUAUUUAUAUCCCGUUUAAUUCAUACAAACAAAUAAUUUUAAGUUCAUAUUUUGUUGAAUGACUUUUGAUUGGACAUAUAUAAAUAGACACCGCUAGUAUAAAAUGCUUA